GUAGAAGGAAGAAAGAAGCCUGGUCUUGUACACAUUAGCUGUGGUGCUGGAGAGUUCACUCACCGCCUGCUAUCGCUCUAGCCUGGGACGCGAGCACGGAGCGUGUUUUUGUACUCGUUUUAAUGUUAUUUAUUUCGCGAAAAGAUGUGACAUUCGCCGUAUGAACACACGGCAGAGAGAACAGGCGUUAACGGUUUAAUGUGUUUUAAAAGCCGGGAUGUGCCAACGGUCGCCUCUCGUGCACCACUAAUGUAAGUUGUUUUUAAACUAUGCUAGCGUUCGGCUUUCGCUGCUCAUCAUGGACAACUGAGUCGCUUUUGUGGGAUUUUAUCGACAAUUCCCAGCUACAGAAGGAAGUUUAACAGCCGAAAAGGGGGGAUUUCUACUGGGCGAGCAGGCAAAACUACACACGGGGGGAUUUAAAUCGUGUUUUUUCCUAUUCUCUCCUUUUUUUCUGGGGGCUUUGCACCGAAGACGAGAAGGAGACGCAGAAGAAGACCAAAUUCAUGUGGCGAUUCUUUCCUUAGCGACACACAUUUGGGAUUUUUUUUUACAUUUUUUAUUUUUUUACAGGAUGAGCAAGGAACGGCCUAAGAGAAAUAUCAAAAGAAAUAUCAAGAAAUACGAUGACAGUGAUGGAAUCCCCUGGUCGGAGGAGCGAGUGGUGCGAAAGGUUCUCUAUCUGUCGCUGAAGGAGUUUAAGAGUGCACAGAAACGACAGCCAUGUGACGGCCUCAGCGACGGAGCCAAAAGCCCAAACGGCUCCCUGUCCCAGCUGAAUGGCUCCGGAUCUAAAGGGGGACACAAAGACGACGGCUCUCGCUCACAGGGCAAUGAUGGAGGGAGUGAGUACUGGGAGGACGGCUCAGCCAAGAAAAGACCCAGACUGCAAGCACAGCGAAAGUUUGCCCAGUCUCAGCCGAACUCUCCCAGCAGCACUCCAGUGAAGUUGAGUGACCCCUCACUGCCCACACCAGCCACACAGAUUACUGACCUCUCUAGACGAAAGCCCAAGACUGAGGACUUCCUCACGUUCCUGUGCCUCCGAGGUUUUUCUGCGUGGCAAAAUGAAGGCUCACCGGCAUUGCCCAGUAGCAUGGCUUAUUUUGGCAGUUCUCAGGAUGAGGAUGAGCUUGAGGAUGAUGAGGAAUGUGAGGAACAAAAGCCACCAUGCGUGGCAUCGACGUCAUGCCAGUCUACACCCCGUAAAGGAAAACCUCCAGGCAAGCUGAACGGACAGGUGUUCAACGGCCACACUAAGCUGAUGAAGGAGAGGGAGAGCACGCCCAGGCCGAAGAGCAGGGAGCUGUUGGUGAAGGAACGCUCGGAGAGGGCAGAGGCUCGGAGAGAGCAGAGCCAGUGCACCACAACCAGAAACCACACUGCCAAUGGCCACGGCCUCAGAGGAGCCGCAGAGGAACUACGCAAGCAGGUCUCAAAAAUGAAUGGGCUUUCACGGCUGUCUCCCGCCGGCUCGCACAUGGCCGCUGCCAAAAAGCCGAAGGACUACCGACUGCCGUCCAGAACUGUGAAGUACACAGCCACCGUGACCAAGGGCCACGUCACCUACACCAAAGCAAAAGGAGAACUGGUGAAGAAAGCCAAACUCAACCACAGCAGGCACUCAGCUUCUGCUGCUGUUGGCGGUGCCCAGAAAGCCCACAGCACCAAUCAGCACCAACCAGCCAGCAACGGCCACGCCCCCCAGCCCCCUCACUCAGGUAAAGCCCAAAGUAGCAAUGCAAAAACCCGCAAACAGGUGCUAUUAUCCAACGGGGUCCACAGCGAGGCCAACACUCGCUUCAACUGGCGGCUGAACGGGCGCCACAGCAUCAAGGAGGAGGAGGACGAAGGGAGGCAGGUGCGACAUAACCUGCGCAACUCUAAGCGCAGGAUGGACUCGGCUGUUGCCGUGGUUACGGGGUCAGAGGGCACGGAUGCUAAGUCCAAAGCUUCUGUCUCUGAGGCUAAGAGAGCUAAGCUCCAGCCUAGCCCUCUGGUUGAAACACGCAGUAAAAAAGCUCUGGGCCAGGACAAAGCCUCCAGUGCCCUCGCUAACGGACACAGCAUCACAGAGACAGCCGCUUCCCCCACUCAAAAAACGGGUUCUCCUGCCCCCCCUCCUGCUUCCCCAGCAGCCCCUGGCUCCCCCGCCACCCACCAGAGCCCGGCUAACCCGGAACCGGCCCGGCAGCGGCCCAAACGAGCCUCGGCUGGGAAACUAAUGUUCAUCAGACAAGCACAGCAGAGGGCCCAGACCAGCGCGGCCUUUAGCCGCUACGCUAACACUACCUCAAACAGCAAGCCCUCCAAACCAGCAGAGCCCCAGGCCACGCCUCAGUCCCAGCCGCGGGUGGACAAGGAGAAAGAAAAAGAGAGGGAGAAGGAGAGAGAAAGAGAGAGGGAGAGAAGUAGGGCAGGAUUCGCAGCCCUGCCAGAUGUUCCGGUCUUCAGGCCCAACCCCCGGGAGUUUCAAGACCCCCUGUUGUACUUGGACUCUGUGAGAGAGCGGGUGGAGUCCUGCGGCCUCUGCCGGGUGCUGCCGCCCUCAGACUGGCGGCCGGAGUGCAAACUGAACGAUGAGAUGCGUUUUGUCACCCAGGUGCAGCGCAUCCACAAACUGGGCCGCCGUUGGGGGCAGAAUGUACAGAAACUCGCCUGCAUCAAGAAGCACCUCAAAUCUCAGGGCAUCACAAUGGAAGACCCCCCAGUCAUUGGAGGCUGCGAGGUGGAUUUAGCGCGGUUCUCUGAGCUGGUCAGUGAUAUGGGUGGAAUGCAGCAGGUGAUGGACCUGAAGAAGUGGAGCCGGCUGGCCGACCUGCUUCGGAUCCCCAGGUCAGCGCAGGACCGGCUGGCCAAGCUGCAGGAGGCGUACCUACAGUACCUGCUGAGCUAUGACCAGCUGAGCCACGAUGAGCAUCGCUGGCUGGAGCAGGAAGUGUUGAAGGAGAAGGAGAUGCUGGAACGCCGCCGGGGGCCCCUGGAGGGCCACUCGGAGAAUGCCCAGCACACCCUGACACUGCCCCGCUACGAGCCCAAAAACGGCCUGACUGGACUGGGCCUCCGAAACGGCUUCCACAGUUUAGAGCCGGAUCCCCCGCGGCAGGCCGGCCGCCGCAGACUCUUUGCUCAGGAAAAGAAAGGGGACAAAGCAGAGAGCCACCACGAAGAUAAGAACAACGAAGAAGAAAGCGAGGAUAAAGGGGUUCUCAGUGACCAGCACAAGUGUAUAUACAAGGGCAGGUCAGUGUCUUUGACCGUCUUCUACAGAAUAGCCAGGAAUACCAUGAUGAUGUGCUUCAACAAAGAGCCAGGAGCUUCUGAAGUUGAGCAUGAGUAUUGGCGAAUAGUGGAGCAGAGGGACUGCCACGUAGCAGUGCAUUAUGGGAGAGUGGACACAAGCACACAUGGAAGUGGCUUUCCCGUGGGCAAGUCUGAGCCCUUCUCAAAGCAUGGAUGGAACCUCACUGUCCUCCCCCAUAAUUCUGGAUCCAUUCUGCGCCAUCUUGGUGCUGUGCCCGGGGUGACCAUUCCCUGGCUGAACAUUGGCAUGGUCUUUUCUACCUCAUGCUGGUCACGAGACCAAAACCGCCUUCCAUACAUUGAUUACUUACACACUGGUGCUGAUUGCAUUUGGUAUUCUAUUCCUGCUGAGGAGAAGACUAAGCUUGAUAAAGUCGUGCACACACUGCUGCAGGCCAACGGCACCCCAGGACUCGAGAUGCUGGAGAAGAACAUAAUGAUCUCUCCAGAGGUGCUUAGUCGAGAGGGUAUAAAAGUGCACCGUACUGUGCAACAGAGUGGUCAGUUUGUGGUGGUUUUUCCCGGGACGUUUGUGUCCAAGGUGUGUUGUGGCUACAGUGUGUCUGAGACGGUGCACUUCGCCACCCCGCAGUGGAUGAACCUGGCCUACGAGGCUGCUAAGGAUCUAAAAUGCAGGCGCAUAGCCAAACCCUUCUCCAUGGAGAAGCUGCUCUACCAGAUCGCCACGGCCGAGUCCAAACGAGAGAACGCACUUCUGCUGAGUACAAUCUCCUCUCUGCUCAAAGAUCUCAGGAACAUAGAGAUGAGGCAGCGGCAAGAGCUCUACGAGGCCGGCCUGCUCUCUUCUGCUCGAUACGGCACUCACGACAGCAACCUGGCAGUCGGAGAGGGCAGGAAGAAACCCCGCAAGUGGCUGGCGCUGGAGUCAUCUGAGAGACGGUGCCAAACAUGCCAGCACCUUUGCUACCUGUCCAUGGUGGUGCAGGAGAACGAGAAUGUGGUGUUCUGUCUAGAGUGUGCACUACACUAUGUGGAGAAACAGAAGUCGUGCCGUGGACUGAAGAUGAUGUACCGCUAUGAUGAGGAGCAGAUUAACAGUCUGGUGAAUCUGGUGUGCGGUAAAGCCACGAAGAGCGCAGCAGAGAGCUGUAACGGCUCCAGCCCCGGCAAACCGGCUGCCAAACGCGGCCCCCGCAAGAGAGCCACCGUGGAGGUGUCUCUGACCCACCUGCCCAGCCCCGCCCAGCUGUCCAAAAGUGCUGCCACGGCCAUCUCAUGAGAGACGGCCGUUUCUACAACCUGCUUUUAACCAAUCAUAUCUCUCGCUGAACUCGUUUCACACCCCCUGACUCCGACAGCACGGCAGAAACUUGCUGCAUGAAAGCAAGAAGCUGCCUUUUUUGCACUAGAGCGAAAGAAGGUUUUUUUUUCGUUAGGUUUUAUUUGCAAAUCUUUUAGUUAGCAUUAAGCGAUGUGCUCGCAGGUGUAGAUCUGAAUAGCGGGUGAGAGCAACAUUACCUUCUUAUCUGGACUGCCCCUCCUCAUCGUCUUCGGCCCUGUCGACUGCAUACACACACACUCAAGCCUGAACUGUGAAUAGAGGCACAUGUUGGUGCUCUUUUUUUUGUGUUCUCUUCUUUUAUUUUUUUUCUGUUUGCUUUGGGAUUUAAGUGAUACAAGGGCCGCCAACCUGGGGCUUGUGCUUUUGUUUUUGUUUUUGAAUACAUUUGACCUCUUCAAUCCCCUCGCUUACCGCUGGUGGGGAGGAAACGAAUGAAAGGCGAGGUAACACUUGAAAGUUAAAGGACUGCUUGUUUAGUUUGGGUUUUAAUCUGAUUUUAGAAUCGAGGAGUGCUUUUAUUUGGUUUUAUUCUCUCGGCGGAUAGGGGAACACUGGUUUCCGUGGCAGCGUGUGCGGCUGUGCUUCAGGACGUGAGAAGGACUGGUGUGAUAAGCCCCCCCCGUGGAGACAGAAGGGGCUUCUGCGCUGAAACUUAGAGAACUGUGCCUGAUCUUCACCGGGGAGGUCCAAUGAUUUUUGGUGCUUUUUUUCCUCUUUUUUUUUUACUGUAUAUCAAUACAAAAAGGUAAAUUAAAAGGAGUGCUAUCUGCCUUCGUACACCACAGGACGGAAGAGCUCUGGAGGCUUUUUCCGCUUCUACAUGUGCAAUCGUGUUAACAUUCCAUACUUCCAGACCUAUUGACUCAUCUGUACCAGUUAACAUUAAUUAUUAUAUUAUUGUAAUUAUUAUUAUUGUUGUUAUUAUUAUUUGUGUUC